AUGGAUUCUAUAUCACUUUCUGAGGUUACUGUCAUAAGAAGAACACACUUGGGAUUUAUGCACAGUUUCAAACAGCCAUUUUCUGGUGUUACAAGAUCUCCAAAGUUCUGCUCCUCCAAAGUUGAAGGAUCAAAUGCAAUAUCUUCAAGUGUUUCCAGCACAAAGAGCCAAUUUGGUAAAGGAGAAAGCUUAGCUAGAAUAGCAGAUUCAGGUUAUAAGAUGAAUGGAGUAAACCUUAAAAACAGAACACUGAUCAGUUCUGUCAAAGAAAGAUUAUUACUUGAUGUUUAUGAUGAUGAGUAUGGUGGAGUAGUAGUUGAUCAUGGAAAAUUACCAUCAAAUCCUUACGAAUUCUCUUCAAUGCUUCGAAAUUCUCUCUUGAACUGGAGAAGAAAGGGAAAGAAGGGAGUUUGGUUGAAGUUACCUGUGGAACAAUCAGAGUUAGUUCCAAUUGCUGUAAAGGAAGGAUUUGAGUAUCAUCAUGCAGAGAAAGGAUAUGUGAUGCUAACUUAUUGGAUACCAGAAGAGGAACCUUGUAUGCUUCCUGCAAAUGCUUCACAUCAAGUUGGUGUUGGAGGCUUUGUCUUGAACCAACAUAAAGAGGUGCUUGUGGUACAAGAAAAGUAUUCUACUUCAUUGAAUACAGGUCAAUGGAAGUUACCAACAGGAUUUAUCAAUGAAUCAGAAGAGAUCUUCUCUGGUGCUGUAAGAGAAGUCAAGGAAGAAACUGGGGUAGAUACAGAGUUUCUAGAGGUUAUAGCUUUCAGGCAUGCACACAACGUUGCCUUUGAGAAAUCUGAUCUGUUCUUCAUCUGUAUGUUGAAAGCACUCUCUGAUAAGAUCAUCAUCGACAACCUUGAGAUCAAAGCCGCAAAGUGGAUGCCACUGGUGGAGUUUGUGGAGCAACCGAUGAUAAAAGGAGACAAAAUGUUUAAGAGAGUGACUGAGAUCUGUGAAGCGAGAUUGAGACAACGUUACUGUGGUCUCUCUCCUCAUAGACUCGUCUCUACUUUUGAUGGCAGACCUUCUUCUCUCUAUUACAACGUUGUUGAUGGUAAUGAUGAUGAUGAUCCUUCACACUCCACCUGUACCGCUGACUUUUAUUAA